UUGACGAUUGAUGUUUGAAAUGGCUUUUUCUAGACUGGGUUGUAAAAUUUUUGGAAGAAUGUCUUUCAGUGGUUCAAGAAUUAUGCUUGGUAUAUUUCAGAGAACCUUAAAAAUGGAUCGGUGGUGUGCAGGUGGCACUGUGAUGCUACAUGAUACUUUUCUUAGGUCUGUGCAUGUUCAAGCUGGAGAGAGAGCUGAACUUACCAGAGUUUUUACGCAGAGUGAUGUAUUUGCCUUUUCAGCAUUAACUGGUGAUACCAACCCACUUCAUCUUAGUGAGGAUUAUGCUAAAGCCCAUAGGUUUGAAAAACCAGUUGUGCAUGGUAUAUUGGUUUGUGGAUUAAUAUCUGCGGUUCUGGCAACUAAAAUUCCUGGGUGUAUUCUCCUGUCACAAGAACUCCGUUUCUUAGCACCUUUGUAUGCAGGUGAACAAGUCUCUGCAAUUGCGGAUAUAAUUAAAAUAAAGAGAUCCAUUGCCUGGAUUGCUGUUUCAUGUAUUGUAAAUGAAAAUAAGAAGAUUAUUUUGAAAGGGGAAGUCAAGAUAAUGCUGCCAGAAGAUAAAGGUCAAAAUGUAUAG